UCGUCGUGUGCAAUAGUGUUUAGGAAGUACUGGGUGAAUUCAGUGUGCUGGGGGCAGUGUGUGGUGGUCGAAUAAGCAAUAGUAAAGACGCAACAAUCCUCGGCACUGCUUGCACAGGAAAACUAAUGUUGCUUUUCGUAUAAUUAUAAUCAUUUUCAUUCAACAUUGACCCCAUCACCUUGUGGUAGUUUUGCUACGAAAGCUUCGCGUUUGUGUUUGUUUGUUCUGUUUGUGUGACGGGUAGCCUUGUGUGCCGUGUUCGGUAGCAGCCUUACAGUAUACAUUGUGUGUAUAAAUAGUGGCCGGGCAUUCAAAAGCAACCAAACUCUGUGUUUACGCAUAAGUGUCGGGUUUUAGCAACUAGUGAACGCGACAACGACCAUUUCAAAAUGCCUCUUUUUGGCAAAUCACAGAAAAGCCCACAGGAGCUAGUAAAGGCGCUGAAGGAGGCGGUCAACUCGCUGGAGCGGGGUGAUAAAAAAGCCGAGAAGGCCCAAGAAGAUGUCAGCAAAAAUCUGGUACUGAUUAAAAAUAUGCUGUACGGUACAUCUGACGCAGAACCACAGACCGAAAUCGUCGUUUCACAGCUGGCUCACGAGCUCUACAGUACUAAUCUUCUGCUGCUUUUGAUCCAGAAUCUGAAUCGUAUCGACUUCGAGGGCAAGAAGGAUGUGGCCCAGAUCUUCAACAACGUCCUCAGACGACAGAUUGGAACCCGGUCGCCGACGGUCGAAUACAUCUGCACAAAACCCGAGAUCCUGUUCACGUUGAUGGCUGGCUACGAACACCAGGAGAUUGCCCUAAACUGUGGCACGAUGCUGCGAGAGUGCGCCCGGUACGAGGCGCUAGCGAAAAUUAUGCUCCACUCGGACGAGUUCUUCAACUUCUUCCGCUACGUCGAGGUGUCGACGUUCGACAUCGCAUCGGAUGCAUUUUCGACCUUCAAGGAGCUGCUCACCCGUCACAAGAUCCUGUGCGCCGAGUUCCUUGAGCAGAACUACGACAAGGUGUUCAACCAUUACGAGCAGCUCCUCAACUCGGAGAAUUACGUGACGAGACGACAGAGCCUUAAGCUGCUGGGUGAACUGCUACUCGAUCGGCACAAUUUCACCGUCAUGACGAAAUACAUCUCCAACCCGGAUAACCUAAAGCUGAUGAUGAAUAUGCUGAAAGAGAAAUCACGCAACAUACAGUUUGAGGCGUUCCACGUCUUUAAGGUGUUCGUGGCAAACCCGAAUAAACCGAAGCCCAUCCUCGACAUACUGCUACGCAAUCAGGAAAAGCUGGUUGACUUCCUGACGCGGUUCCACACCGAUCGUUCCGAGGACGAACAAUUCAACGACGAGAAGGCCUACCUGAUCAAGCAGAUCAAGGAGCUGAAACCGGCACCGGAUCAAUAGUGGAGCGAUCCUCCGCUCCGUCGUAGUCCGUCGGUACACCGUUAUCGUCAUUCUGUAGUCGUAGUGCACCCCGCAGCAUAAGAGCGCCAUCGCAACAGUUUGAGCGUGCGCCGAAAAAUGAUGGCCUUCGUUAGUACAUUACACUGUAGUGCGGGAUAUAAGCGAUAGUUCGUUCUGAUUGCAUGUUCGGUUUCGGGUUCUUAUAUUACCCAGCGUGUGCCCCCUCCCUAGUAGCUUCCCCCGGCGCUGAUGGAAACGUUUUAAAUUCGCAGGGCUUUUUGUUUUACCGCAUAUUGGCGCUGCCGGAAGCGUCAAGGGCGAGAAACCAAGACAGGUGUUCUCGUUCCACCCCAUCGGCAUCUACAGUCCGACCAGCAAAGUGAUUAUUUGUUUUGUAUUUUGUGUCUAAAACCAUAACCGGCAUCACGUCGGAUCUUGGCCCAUAUGAACCGUCACAGAACGUAGCUAAUUUUUUAAAUUAUAUAUUUCUGUUUGUUAAUAGUUUAUGCGGCCGGGCCGUACAGCAAUGUACCUAAAUUUAUAAAGUAUAUUUUGUAAAUAUUGUAAGUUCUGGCCCCGAAAGUUUACGUGCGAUCGAGUAGAUCGUGCCAACGCAAUCCCGGCCGGUUCGAUAGCCAGCCACGGAUGGUUCGCGGUAUAUCGUAUUCGAAGCAAAUGCCCCCGAACCGGUUCGUCGUCGUUAGGGCGUUGUGAAAUGGUAAAGUCGAGUGCUUCGUGGCAAGCGCUUUGUGUAUAGAAAAAAAGAUGCAGUGCCGCGUCAAAUCAUGAAAACUUCUACGGUAUCUGCACAUCUGCAACAAAUAAAUACAGUUUUUUUUAAGAGUCAGUUUUGCUGCACGUCGUACGUCGUACGAAGUUGUACCAUCUGUUAUGUAGCAGUGUUAUGUGUAGGGAACUCUUACCGUCACGAUCCGUCUCUGAGACGUAGAACAUGCCCCAAGUAUGACGAAAAAGUCUUUGCAGUUUCCAACAUGCAUCGAAUCAUAUGACAUCAUUGGAAACUUGGAAAUGAAAUCACGCUACCUUGGUAUGGACAUAAUGGUUAAAAUAAAUAAGCUGGUGAUGAACAGAAAAGUUUACUUACAUACAAGUCAAUUAGAUGAAUGCUAGCAAGAAACAGCGUCUCAGAGCAGAAGAGCGAGCCAGAAACGAAAGGACGAGACGUAGCAAAUGGGGCAUUUUUUUAAUUGUCCUUUGAUUUGAAUAAAAUUAGCUGAUCCCAAAUGGUCGCAACAUUCACAAGACAUAAAAUCUGACGGACCAGUAGACACGCUUCACGAGAACCGAUCGACUUAUAGCAAUAGUGGUGGAGAGGUCAAAUAAUGUAACCAAGUUUUCGAGAGUUCGAUAUUAAAGUGAGCAAGCAAAACUUUUAUUCGAAAUAGUUAGAUUAUAUUUUUUUGUUUCACGCGAGUCCGGAUGUUUCUUUAAACAUGAACCCCUCGAGCCGUCCCGGUUUGGGGUGGUUUAAUAUUUUCUGUUCCUGACUAUCUCGAAAACGGAUGAACCAAUUUAUCAAACAAAAACACACAUUGUUCACUGGCAAUGCCCACUUCAAUAUGCCCCGAAAUAAGUGGAGAGAAAAAUUGCAGAGAAACCUGAAUGUAAAUUCAGACUAAUAGGCUUUCCGGACACACACGAACUGCUAAGCAUGCAGCUCGUCGCAACAAAGCCACUACUGUAAUAUCAGAGACAGUUCAGACACUCCGGAUCGUUAUCGAACAUCAAUAGGAAGAAAGUGUGCUAAAGAUUAUGUUUCUCUAUGUACACUGUCUUACUUUCAGCUGUACUUAUGAUGCUGCUCACACGCUUGGGACUUAUGUCACGGAAUUGCCACAAACUUAAUGUUUUAGUAUUCCAACUAGCCUUCCAAGUGUGUAUCAAAUCAACCGAAUCCGUUAUGAAAGUAAAUAGUAGCAAAUCAAACCCACAGCACUAUCGAAGAUGAACAUUAGCAAGCAUUAAAUUAUGCUACAAGCGUACAGUGUAACGAUCAUAUAUGAGUUCAAUACACCUCCACUGCUACUGCUGCUACCACUACUAGAGUAAUGAUGCAACCUAUUAAUAUAGUAAAAACUAUUAUUAAUAUUAUUAUAUAUUAUAUUGAAAAUAAUACCACUAUUAUCAUUAGUGCGAGGUUACGUCGGCUUCAGCGCAGCAAGAUCCGGAGUUGGGCAUAGGGUGGAACUUAACGAUCAGACCUGUCGGCGCACACGGCGAUUGUAGGGCUCGCUGGUGAAGAUCAUCGGGGCCAGUGUGUAAAGAACAAUAUAUAAUAAAAUCGAACGAAUGUUUCUGAAGGCCAAGAAAAAAACGGUUAAAGUUAAAUCAAAUGCCGGCAGUAUGGUCCAGAAAACCGGGAAGCUAAAGACGUCAGCAUCAGUAAUAUUAAACGCAAGAGAAAAUAGAUUAAACAUAUAUUGCCUGGCAACAAAACAAAACAAAAAUCAGCGCAUAACGAACAACCUUCGAACAGCGAUCUACAGUGCUAAACAAGCAUAAUAAAACGGGAUACAUAUAAUAAAGUAAUCAGAACCUGCAGCGAGCAGCAGUCGCAAGCAAUGUCAGUCACAGAAAGCGAUUUUAAACAUAUUAAACUGUUCGUUAAAAGAAUACGGUGGAUAGUAAAAACAAUGGAAAUACAAAUUUACCAUUAGGAAAUUAUAUAUAAACAUGCUGAAGCCUGUACCACAGCCGAUAGGAAACAGACGCACGUUCUUCACUUGUGUUUGAACCCGAAUAGUGUUAAGAGCAUGGUAAAUGCUAUGGGAAGGUAGCGAAAAGUUCAGUUUUAUUUUUGUGUACGCGAGCAGAAAUAAGCAUAAAAGAAACACGCUCCAGGAAAAAAAGGGCCGGGCAAGGAUAAAUCCUGACCUGAAAAACACAUAAAAACAAUAUCACAAAUAUUCGAUACAGAUGUAUAUAUGCAUAUGCACGGCAGCAUAUGUAUGCAUAUAUUAUGAGUUUAAAUAAACACAAUAAAUAUAUUUAUUCUUUAUGGUUUACGAGUACGUAGCGAGGAAA